GAAGCCGGCUUCUUUGCGUCGUUGCCCGCGCAGUUUUUUUUCUCGUGUUGAUUAGGAAGCAUCACAAAAACACCAAAAUAAAGGCCCAUAAAGAAGACAAAAUUAAUAAGUUAUCGCCUUUUACAUUAUUAUAUUAAGCACUCCUUUUACGUGAAAGAUGCCCCGCGUGAAAAGCUCAAAUAAGAAAGCAGCGAAUCUGUCUGAGGGAACAGGCCCCACUCCCAAUGGCAAUGGAUUUGUGCCUGCCGAAGAACCCGAAAAGGCUGCAUUGCCACCCACCAAAGGUGCCGCAAAGGGAAAGCCGCGUCCUAAAAAAAAUGCCAAGCAGGAAGCUGAACCUAGUUCCUUAGAAGAUCCGCAGCCUGUGGAAAAUAAAAAGGCGCCUGCGGCUUCCCGUGGCAAGAAGAAGCAGCCGUCGCAGGAUACAGACGAUAACAGCGAGGCUAAGGUAGUGGCCAAGCCGAAGGGGCGAUCGAAAAAGGCGAGUGUGGAGCAGGAUGCAGAACCUGAAUCUGAGCAACCCGCUAGCAAAGCAGCUCCGGCAAAAGGCCGUAAACGGAAGGAACCCUCUGCAGACGUCGAGGCACCGGUAGAGCCCCCCAAGCGACGGGCAAAGAAGGAAUCUGCACCGCCAAACGAGGAAUUGCCAACGCCGUCUUCGCCCCCACAAGAGAAGCCUAAAAAGGGAGAGCGUGUUUCUAAGCCGGCGCGGGGAACCAAGAGACUGGCAGAAUCUGAAAUUGCAAUGGCGCUUAUGGAGGAAGACGAGCCUACUGCCGAGCCCCCUAAAACUGCACCAAAGCGAAGCAGGAAGCAAAAGCCAGAAGCUGAUCUACCAGAGGAACCAAAUGCCGUGGCGGAAGAAAAGGAACCGAUUGUGGAGCCCCCUAAGCCAGCACCAAAGCGUAGUAGGAAGCAAAAGCCAGAAACUAAUCCGCCACAGGACACCGACGUAGUAGAGGAAGCUCCCCCGAGUGAAGGAGUCAAGAAACGAGCUGGUAAAAAAGCAAAGGAAACUGACGCUGCGACUGAAAUUGGCCGAAAAGGUCAAAAGAAAAACACGAAGCCAGCAGAGGAUCCUGACUUAAUUCAGGAAGCACCACCAAAGGCACCCGCUAAGAAAAAAGCGACCAAGAAAACUAAGGAGAACGACGCUGAAGCUGAGACUGAGUCGCCCAAGGACGAAAAAAAGCCCACAAAGGCUCGGGCCAAAAAGCAAGUGACAGAGGAGGAGAAACCGGUGACCACCAAGAAACGUGGGCAAAAGGCAGCCAAGGAAAAUUCCGAAGACGACAAUCUUAAUGAAAGCACUGAACCAGUACGCAGCAGGAAGAAAGCAGCAGCCAAGGAAAUAAUAGAUGAUGAGGAAGUGGACGGCUCGAAAACAUCCAAAGCUUCCAAAAACGGGGGCGCCAAGGCUGGUGCGGAAUUGGAUAAGUCUGCGUUUACCCUUCCCAGUGACAAGACGUUCAACUUGAAGAUAUCAAGCUGGAAUGUGGCUGGUCUAAGAGCCUGGAUUAAGAAGGACGGGCUCAAUUUGCUGGACCUCGAGGAACCUGAUAUUUUCUGUCUGCAGGAAACCAAGUGCUCGAAUGACCAGUUGCCGGAGGAGGUUACUCGACUGCCAGGCUACCAUCCCUACUGGCUGUGCAUGCCCGGCGGAUAUGCUGGCGUGGCCAUUUACAGCAAGAUCAUGCCUAUAAAUGUUGAGUACGGUAUCGGGAAUGAAGAAUUCGACGAUGUGGGUCGCAUGAUUACCGCGGAGUAUGAAAAGUUUUACCUAAUCAACGUAUAUGUGCCAAAUUCAGGCCGCAAACUGGUGAACUUGGAGCAACGCAUGCGUUGGGAAAAACUAUUCCAAGCUCACGCACAGAAACUAGAUGCGCUUAAGCCUGUUGUCAUUUGCGGCGAUAUGAAUGUUUCCCACAUGCCCAUCGACUUGGCAAACCCCAAAACAAACACCAGGAACGCCGGUUUCACCCAGGAGGAGCGUGACAAAAUGACGGAGCUGCUGGGUCUUGGCUUCGUGGAUACCUUUAGGCAUCUCUAUCCCGAUCGUAAGAGCGCCUACACCUUCUGGACCUACAUGGCCAAUGCACGGGCACGCAACGUGGGCUGGAGAUUAGACUACUGCCUCGUCUCAGAACGGUUUGUCUCCAAGGUGGUGGAACAUGAGAUUCGUAAGCAGUGUCUGGGAAGCGACCACUGCCCAAUCACCAUUUUCUUCAACAUUUAAACAUAGUAUUUCUGUUUUUGGUUUAUUUAUCCGCUUCUAUUGGUUUUGAUUAUUUAUUUGUACGCCGCAUUUAAAAUAACUAUUUGUAAUGUCCGUUCUUAUCUGUUAAAAAAAACUAUUUAUUAUGUUGUAGAUCGACCGCGAAAUUUUUGUAUUAAAAAAACUAAAUUUCAUUCAGAAACUGAAAUUGGAAAGAAUAAAAUCAAUAAAGGAAACAGUCUGCAGUGUU